AAAAAAAAAAAAACAUAUUUCAAUAUCAAAUGUAACUUGUGCUCAUAAAACAUUUUGCUUAUGUCAUUAAGUCCACUGGAUUAUUUGUGUGUGUUUGCCCUUCAUAUGAUAUUUCGAUAAAGAUUUGUUAAUAAGUACUUUGUUUAGAAUUGUUACUGCACUUUCAAGAUCGGACAAAGUCAAGUGUCACAAAGACUAGUCAGUGACUAGACUCUUCAUACAUUGGUCUUCAAAGUUGAACUUCAAGUCAGUUCUGAGUUCAAGUCUCUUGACUCUUGUCUAGAUCUAGAGCCAGCAGAGCCCAGAGUCACACUUUCUCUGACCGGUCUCUGACUCUCACACUCAGUGUCAGUCCAGCCCAGAGGCAAAAUACGUGAAAAAGUGAAGCCACAGCAGUUGUGACAACUGGCUGAAGUGAAGUUACUGUCAGUGAAGGACUAGAUAUCUAGAUCUAAAAUCUACCUCUACAGAAAAAAUCUGAAAGAUGCCCCCAGAAUCACAACCAAGUAACUUUAUUGGCUCAAUGGUGUCUAUUGAUUGUGGACAACUAGGUAUUUAUCAAGGACAUGUGAAAAAAAUUGAUCCUGUUAUGAAUACCCUCACCAUCACUCAUGCAUUUCACAAUGGACUUCGGUGUGACCAAAGUGAAGUUAAUUUGAGUUCCACAACCAUUCAUGACAUCAAAAUUAUUCAUGCAUCUAACGAGGCAAAAGAAAUCAUAACAAGGAAAGCCACUCCAUCAAAAAUGACAAAAGAAAUAGAUGAAGUCACCAAGCCAGUUUGCUCUUCACCAAUAAAGAUAAUUGAAGCAACGAGUAAAGCUCGAAAUGGUAAUGGGUUCUAUAACUCUGGAAGCAAUGGGCAUAACUCCCAGAGUUGUCGACGGAAGCUGUCGCCACCUGAUAGCCCGUCUAAAUUAACAGAUCCUACAGAUGGAUUGCUUGGUCCAAGACCCAGAAUGAGCAAGUCAAGAGAGCCACCAAUUCAAGAAGCGCUGGAACAUGCUCAUGAUGAUCAUGCGAGUAAUGGAGGAUCUGGCAGUUUUAAAAACUGGUCCAAUCAUCAAAGCUCUGCAGAUCAUAAUAGAAAAUCUAGAUCUUCUAGAAAGGGAGAGUCUAACAGACGAGGCGCCAAUGCUAAGAACAGUGAAUGCUUCAGCGCACCUACAGAGUCUUACCUGCAGGAAGAAUUUGAUUUUGAGCUUAACUUGGCAAUGUUCAAUAAAAAGAAAGUCUUCCAAGAAAUUGAAAAUGGAUUUCCUGAAUUAAGCCUUGAAGAAGAGCCUGUGGAGCAAAAGUAUAAACAUGAUGAGAAUGUUCUGAAGUCUGGUGUGUCAGACACAACUGCUUUAAAACAGAUUCGUGUCCCUGAAGUUAAAUCUCAAAUGUAUUUUACAGAUAAUGGAAUUGCAGUACCUUCAAUUAGUUUAGAGCUUCGAGACAAGCUAUGUGAGGCAGCUUCUUUGUUUGGUUUAUCUCAAGCUAGACAGCUUGAAGCCUUUGGUAGAGCAGCUAGUGAAAUGGUCAUUCACUUGAUAGGGGGCAGCCACAGAAUUCAUCCAAAGAACAAUCAUCAAAUGCCAUCUGUUGUGGUGCUUUGUGGACCACACCACCAUGGAGCUUUGGGUGUGUGCUGCGCCCGCAUCCUCUCAUCCCAUGGCGUCCAAGUAACACUUUUUAUGCCCCAUGUGACCAUGCUGCCCCCAAGUGUGGCAGAUGAGUUGGAGCUGUAUAGACUUUCUGGAAGUGCCAUUACUCACAAUGUCCAAGGCCUUCCUGAUACCAUUGACCUAAUAGUGACUGCUAUGGAUACUCCUUAUGACUUGACAAUUACUAAACAGCCAUGGUAUGUCAGUAUCACCAAGUGGUUUACAUCUGGUGACAUAAGAGCCCAAGUAUUAGCUCUAGAUCCUCCUGCUGAUGGUGUGGGUAUUCCAGCCAAGUGGAGCCUGUGUAAAGUAUUGCCUCUCACCAAAGUGGCAGCUACAUGCGGCAGCCUUUAUUUAUGUGAUCUCAGCAUUCCUGCCUCCAUUUUCAAAAAGUCUGGAAUUACUUAUGUGUCCCCUUUUGGUUCAAAGUUCAUCAUUCCACUCCAUGCAAAGCAGUAAGACAUAUCGAACAGAUGCACCUAGUAAAUCUACACAAAUCUUCCUUUAUUUUAUUUAUAUCAUCUAGUUCUUUAGAAUUAUCUGAAUGUCUUUUAGUGUUUGGAAAUAAUCAUGUAAAUAAUUAUUUGGUUGCUUUAUAAUUUUUGUUUUUAGUUUUUCCAAAUUGAGAAAAUGGCCUCUUACGUGUUGUUUUAAGUCAGACACAAAGUUACAGCUACUCCUCAUAGACAAUUUUUUAAAAAGCUGAAGUUCAAAUUGUGAUAAAUGUUUGAAAUUUUGGCUAAGACCUCAUUCUGGGAGAUUUAGACAUUUUAGAUUAAAAAAACUAUUUGUAUUUUUUUUUUAACUAUUUUUUUUUGCAUUUGAAUAAGAAGGGUACAAUCUUUGAAAUUUGUGGCUUUGUGCUUAUUUACUUAGCUUGGUCUCCUGUUGGUGCUUUUUUUUUUUUUUUUAAAUUGUGUUUGAUAAGUUGUAUUUAUGAUGUCAUUAUUCCACAUUGACAUGGCAGCAUAAAGGUUUUAUCGUCGAAAUGUGCAGCCUGUGGGGGUUUUUGAGAUGAGGACUACAAUAUAAUGAAAAGUGUGUUUAUUUCUAUUUUAUUUUCAAUGUUGGUACCUGUUGUAUUUGUCUGUAGGCAUAUUUGAUCAGAGAUUUGUUGUACUGCUACCUGUCUUGGCAAUAUUCUUGUGCUAUUAUUGCUCAACAAAUGAAAUUGAUAUUCUCUUUGUAUUGUUGUAUAUUAACUUUUGACAAAGUGAAGAGAUAUUUUAUUGUUGGACUGGAAUAUUAACAUUUGACAUAGUUAAGAGAUAUUUUAUUGUUGGACUGAAACAUCAUCUUUUGACAUAGUGAAGAGAUACUAUAUUGUUGGACUGAAACAUCAUCUUUUGACAUAGUGAAGAGACAUUAUAUUGUUUAACAUACUAUAUUGAACAAAAGCUACUGUGAAAGUAUCUCAUUUGCAUUUAAAUAUUUGUAAAAAAAAUGUAGAGUUAUCAUCAUCCAUUAAGAUUUAUUUAAUCUGUCGAUGUGAAUGUCAACUAUUUCAGAGACUGUUUGCCAUGCUUUAAAAUUUCAAACAUUUUAUACGGUCUUGAAGUCGUUGCAUUAGGACCAAUGCCAUGUUUACUUGUCACUUCUGUAUAUACAUUGAAGAUAAUCUUGAAUGACACUUGUUGGACUCGCCCAACAUUUAAGGCAAGUUAUUUGACUUGAGGAUGUAUUGUAACAUUAUUUGAUCACUUUAAUUGCAUGUAACUCAGUGUUGUUUGUUAUGAGUCGACUGUGAACACAACAAGAUAUCAUUAGCCAUAAAACACUAAUUUUAAUGAUUAUGUCUUUUUAGAAGGAUGUCUUGUUCAUCUGUUUUAUGUUUUUGACUCUCUUUGGCAUGAAGUAAAGCAUUGCUUUGAUGCUGGAAUUGUACAUUGUAUUAUAUAAUAGAAAUUGAAACAGUUUAAGCUGAGACGACGAUCUGUGGGUCUUUAAUUUUUAUUAUACAUUAGAUUUUUUUUUAUUGUUACAGAUUAAAGAAUUCUUAGCAUUUUGUUUGCAAAUGACAGGGUGUUUGUAGGAAGGUCCCUACAGUUUUGAAUAUUUUGUGUCCAAGUGCUAGAAGUAUAUGGAGAGAGAAUGUCAGCAUCCAGAUUAGAUGUGGCUCACAUGUGCAUUUGAGUAUGUGUUGAAGAACAGAGGAUUCAGCUUUCAGAAAUGUGUCUUAGCCUUGUGUCAUGCUGUAGUUGCUGUGUGUCACAUGAACCUGCUCAGGGAUUACUAAAAGUUGCUUUUAAUAUUUGUUCAAAAGCUUCACAGUUUGUUAGUUUGGUUUUAAGCAGUACACUACUUUAUUCAUAGUCAUUUGUUAAAAAUUCAUCAAUAAUUACACCAUAAACCUUUUGAAGAUUCAGUUUGCCUUAAGCAACUGCAACGGAGCCUCUGACAAAACAUGUCAUUUAAACCUAAACAAUCAUUAUGGCACCAUUUCUUUUAGAUCUUUACCAUGUAAAUAUCACUGGUUCUGUAUUAUACAUUCACCUAAUUAAGACUAGGUGAAGAUUUUUUUUUUUCAGCAUUAAUGUUAAAUCUGAUAUUUGUAUAAAGUGUGACAUCUGGUGGAUGGAUGAAGUUGUAUUUAUAUGAAGAGACAUGAGGGUCUUCUAUUUCUGGUUGUGCUCACAUUAUGUGUGUUUGGGUCUACAAUGGAGAUACCAUGUCAGUCAAAUCAAUCUCUAUGUUUGUUGUAUUCACACCAGUUUGCUGUAAAUAUUUACUGCUGAAGUGUAGCAGUCUGUACAUUAUUUUCUGGUAUAGGCUUUGCUCUUCUUUUUUUUUCUUUUCAUUUUAUUUAGUAUUGAUAAGAAAUGUCUCUGUUACUGCAUCAUGUCAUGAAAGCUGAAAUAGGAGUCGAUUUUAAGAGUGUAUGGGUUUUGUUUUUUUCUUCACAAUGAAUAAUUCAUAAACCAUAAUGUACUCUUAUGAUCUUAACGAGUCUUAUUGACAUGAUUCAUUGUGAAAAGCCAUUCUUCAAAGUACAGUGGGAGGAGAAUGAAGAUAGGAGUCAUCCGAAGAAAAGCUGGCUGGACAAUGUGAACCUCUCUUGAUAGUCUGCUAAGGAAAGCUGCUGACCAGAACAAGUUUGUUGGGGGUGGGGGGGAGGAGGAUUUGUUUACGCCAACUGUCACAGCACCUCUACAACAAAAAGAAAAAAUCAAGUGACAUUUGAGGAUGAUGAUGACUCUUAUAUUAACUUUAUGAUAUGUAGAUUUUUUUUCUUGCAUCUAUUUUCUUCUAAUUUUUAUCCCUUUGUAAAAUUUCAUUUUCCAUUUUGAUUGUUUUAUUUUAAUUUGUUUUUCCAAUGAUUGUUGUGUCUCAUUAAUGCAAACUGGAAACUAAACACCUUGAAAUGGACAUGUAUUUGACAGUAGAAUAUGUUUCCACUCGGUAGAUGUACCAUUUGUAAAUAUGUACAGUGCCAUGACUAUAUUGUACUACAAUAAGAUGAUGUGUUUUGAACUAACCAACAUCACUCACCUUGUCUCUCACUCACUCUCUCUAACUGUUGUAUUACCUAGAAACACGCUACCCUUUCCUCUUGUGUUGACUAUAUCUCUCUCAUACUAUCACAGACUAGGACAGCAUUCAUUUGCUUUUAACAAAUAAUUUUUAAAACAUUUUUUUUUAAAUUGUAUGUUAUUGAUUGAUGAGGACAAGGGCAUGUAACCAAAUAUCAAAAGUUUCUAUUAAUUAUGCCCCAUGCCAUGAAAAAAAGCAACAAGGCUGUGAGGUCCUGUGGUCUGGUUCGCCUUUUAUCAUUUGUCACAUUUAUGUGCAAUAUGUUAUUUUGUGUGGAGUAUUGUUGCUAUUUUAAAUGAUUCGUCAUUCUCAUUUUUAUUAUUUUUUUCAUCUCCACUUCUAGAUUUUGUUAAUUUGGCUUAUGUAAAUUUUUAAUUCAUCUUCUCAAGAUCACCAAAAAAAAAAGCUUUGUAAUUAAAUUUUAUUGAAAUAGUUUCAAAGUUUUUUCAACUUAUACGAGGAUAUUCUACCACUGUGUGAUUUUGUUGCUUGGUAGUUCACAGUCACUUUCCCCAAGGAUUGAUUCUGUGUUAUGUGAUUUGUGUCUUUUAAUCAAUCAUAAUUGUAGCAUAUCCCUAAAAUAAACCAUCUGUGGAGCUUCAAAAACAAUAGCAACAAAUCACUCGAUGUUAGAACAACUCCUGUUCUUGUUCUGUCAAAAUGUUUUUUCUUUUAAUCCGCUCAAAUCAAAUUUAAAUUACUUUGCUCUGUUAAUUAAAUUGUAAUAAUAUCUGUUUUUUUUUUUAUUUAUCAGCAGCGUAUCUGUUUUUCUCAACCAGUAUUAAGAUAGAACAUCAUUUGAAAUAGGAAUUUUGUUUUUCUUGUACUGGUUGUAUCUAUUGUUCUAAUUGAUUACUUUCUCAUUAGAGAUCAUCCUGUCUCAUGAAUGAUCAUUUCAAACAAACUACUGUAACCAACUUUAAUGUUUGAUAAAUCUUCCUGUUUGUCUGUUAGUAUUUUUUUUUUGUCUGAGGGGUAUUGAAGAAUUGCUUUCUAUUUGUCAUUGCCACUCAGUUUGUUGAUUCUUAAAAACAAAAACAAAAAAAGCUAGUCACCUUCAUCAUUGCACAUACACUUGACAGGUUUUUUUUUUUUUUUUUUUCAAAUCCUAAUCCCAAAAGUAUUUUUAAGUUAUAUCAAAGAUGUAUGUUACAUUAUAAGCUAAAUGGUGAGUCCCUCUUGGCAAUACUUACAUGACUUAUCUUUGUCUUAAUUAGGUAUUCGGUAGUAGUUUAGAAUAUCCUUGGUGUUGAGCUCAUGUUAUAUUGUGUAUGUCUAGAAUCAUUUAUUUUAUUAAAAAAAAACAUUUUGAACUUGAAAUCCCAAGCUUCUUGUGUUGUAGGCAUUCAGAUUUUUUAAAUUGAAAAAAAAAUUUUUUUUUUUGCAGUGUUCCGGUACUUUCUAAACAAAAAAAAAUUGUUCAUUCCAUAACUAUAUCUGUACUAUUUUGUGAUGUCUGCGACUAUGUAAGUACAGUGUUAUAUUCAUAUCAUUAACAGACACACUUAUGGUGGUAGAAAUUCAUCUAUUAACAUUUGAACAAACCGAAACAGUAUUAGUUGAAUAAUUAAGGCUUUUGUUCAUAUUCAUUGAUAGUAUAUUUCCUGACUGGAAACCUCCUCUAGGUCAUUAGGAUGUCUUCAUGGCACCUGUGUAUAAAUAGUGUGACUGCUUAACUACUUAUUUCAUUUUAUUAUGUAGAAAAAAUAUUUGUCCGUGUUUUAUAACAGUAAACAGAACUUAAAAUAAAAUGGUUAUAGAGUGAAAGGUAUGAUUUAGUUCUUUAAUAUCGGCUAUCCCUGAAAUCUUUGUCAUUUCUAUUCAAAAUGUUUUUAAAAACACUCUCCUGUAAUUGGAAUUAUUAAGAACUAUACAUCUCUAUUAUUGACUAGACAAGCAAGAUAUAUACUCAUCUAGUGUGUUUAGAGAAUAUUUUUGUUCAAAUAUAACAUCUAUUAAUUUAGUGUAUUUUGAGAAUGUGUUGUUUCAAAUAUAACAUAUAUAUUAAUUUAGUGUAUUUUGAGAAUGUGUUGUUUCCAAUGUAAAUAACUUCUGUAGGGCAUUUGGAACUGUUAUCCACCCAAGUCACAAAUAUUGUAGGAGCUCAUUUUUUGCCUGAGGUGUCAAUUUUAAUUGUUGUUUUGGUUCAAUAUUUUCAUUUUGGAAAGGAGGAGCACAAAUAUAAUUUUCCAUUGAAAUAAUUUUAUUUGUAUGUUUUGUCUGUUAUCAUAAACAAGUCAAGCUUAUCAGAAAAAUUUCUCCUAAAGACAAAUUGAAAAUAAAUGUUUAGUAUCUCAAUUUGGUUGUAACAUCCUAAAGUUUUUACAAGUAUUUACUUUAUUAGCUGUGCAAUAAGAUUCUUUAAUGGUUUAUAUGUAUAUUUAUCUUCAAUACUAAAAAUAGUUCAAAAACAUAUGAUUUUAUUCUUCAAAAUUUAAGCAUUAGUAUAUUAAGAAAACUUUCUACUAAAGACUUAAAAGAUUAACGUAAAGUAGUUUCAUUUAGGUUUAUUUCUUUGGGAGAAGAGGGUUCAUAAUAACUGUAUAAAACUACUUGACUGAUAGCAGAAAAAGGAGAUAUAUCUUCUUUACCUGAACCAAUUCAUCUAGAGGUAGUUUACUCUCUCUAAAAAUGGCUCCAGUCAAUAUUUAUGAAAUCUUUGAUAUGGUCUGAUGACUGUUACUUCUGGCUGUGUAUUUUUUACUUUGCCUUGUCUUGAACUGAUCCUGAUGUUAACCAGGAACACAUUGUAGAUUAGGAUUGUUUCAUUGCUUGUGCGUCUUGUUUUCUGCCUUUCAGCUCAUGUAGUAUAUCAAUGGUUCAUUUUUUAACAGAGAUCCUGUUUGAGUUGUAAUUCCUGUGGGUCGCAUUAAUUCACCGGCCAGUCAUAGUUGGAUGAGCUUUAAUGUCGUUGGACCCUCUCCCUAAAGAUUGUCUUUCAUCUGGGCGGCAUUAUUCUCUUGGAGACACCAAAUGUUUUACAUCAUUUCAUCUUGACAUGGUCUCAGCCAUCAUAACCUGCAUUCCUUUUUUUUUAAACUCUGUGUUGAAAUGUCCCAUAACUGAUAAACUUGAUAAUAUGUUUACCUCUAAAAUUAAAAUGUUUGGCAAUGUGUCUUCUAUCGAUAAUUAAUACUGAGCAACAUAUUUACUUAUUAAUUCAAUUAAUAGGAAUUUAUUAUACAUAUAUAUAUAUAUAUUUUUUGUGAAGGACUGAGUGAGAUUGUAUGAACUGAGAAAUGAUUGAGUUUCAAAUCAAGAGUUUAUUUGCCUGGUCUUUUGAUUUACUACAUUAAAAAAAUCAGAUUGGUUUACACUCUGUUUCAGUAACAUGCCUUCAGUAUGGAAAUGACAGGUUGUUAAGGGGCUAAUUUAGAAUUAUUUAGACUGAUGUCGGCAUAUAGUGAUACUAUAACUCAAUGCAUAUUACCAUAGAUGUGCUCUAUCCUUGCUGCCAGCUGAUGUAGUCAGGUAGCCAAAGCAUGCAUUAAUUAUUGCUUCCAUCAGAAUGUUUUGAACUCUCCUUAAAUAAAAAACAUCUUUUUGAUUCUUAAAAAAAUUUUAAUGAUUUUUAUAAAGACUUUGCCAAAAUUAUUGUUCACAAAUGAUCUUUUUAAUAGAUGAUUUUAAUAUAAUUCAAUUAAUCUUUAAGAAAAUUCUUAAAAAGAAUUUUAAAAAAAUAUAAAAAAUGUUAAUGCUGAAUCAAAAUGUGUGUGCGUGUGUGUGGUAACUAAAAGGGAUACAGAAAGCCUAUCAAGAUGUGAUUCUAACAGCCAAGUAGAACAGAACUGAACUACAUCAAGUUCAAAUAAUUGCUGUGCUUUCUAUUUCUUGUUUCAUGUUUGCUAAAUGAUCUAUAUUCAAAUCAACUUGUUCCUACGCCAUGGGGUGCCUUUUUAAGGCCAUCCUUUUUUUUUUAAACAUGUUUUUAUGUCAAACAGUGGUGAGACAAUGUAAGCAAGUAGAAGAGAGUUUUUAUCAUCAACCAGCCUGUGUGUGUGUUUGUCUGACUUGGUCUUUUAUCAUCAACCAGCCUGUGUGUGUGUUUGUCUGACUUUGUCUUUUAUUUCAUCCUGUUUCUUGGCCUGUUGUUCAUCUGUUUUGAGUGUCUAUGACUUGCUCCUUGAUACAGCAUUGAGGUUCUGAGACUAAUUUUGUUUUUAUAUAUUGUAUACAUAGUUGAUUAUCUGGUUUAUCUGAAUGUUUUGUAUGUAAUUGUUAGGUCCUUGAUUGAUGGUUAGAUGUGACUUGUAUAAUUAGAAAGGCUACUGUGUCUAAAUAUCACAGGGAACAUCUAGAUGACUGUGCUAUGGAACUGAUGUACAUUACUUUAUGAUGUAGCAAAUAAAAUGUUUGUUUAUAGUCAGGGCUGAAUCAAAGAAUGUGAUGGUAAUCUUCAUAGCAAUGUAUUUGUUGGAUUACUACCACUGUAAAUAGUGCGAUCUCAACUGUGAUGAAAUGUGAUCCACCAAAAAAUGAACCGUCGAUGAAGUGAAAUUCAUGUCAGAGUUGUGAAUGUCCAUAAGUGUAACUUUUCUAAACAUCAUAACAUGGAGUAAUUUUUAUUCAUGUUUUUGAUGCAUCCUGAAUUAUGAAAAAAUGACAUUUAUUUUCACUCUACUCUCAAAAUGAAACAUUUCACAUAAGCUCAGAACUUAAAGUCUUUUUCAAAACUUGCCCACUGUUCUUACAACAGAUGAAAACAUUUAGUCUAUUUUAUUUCAGUGUUCUUGAUAAAGACAUUCAAUGGACCUUAUGAUAUUGUCAAAACUUGUGCCUUAAAUUACUUCUGACCAAGUUUUUGUUUUGUUAAUUUCGUUUGUGUGUUGUCUUAGUUUGUGUGUGUUGUCUUAUCAAAUCAGGUCUAGUUGACCACCACUUGUAAAUAUUUUUUUUUUUGCCUUCUGGCCUAUUUUUUCCUCCACUUCUAAGAGAAUUCCAAUUAAUUCUAGUACUUCUUGCUUUGAACUGAGUAAAUUCUUUCUUAAAUUAGAUUUAUUCAAGCUCUAAUUUAACACAUUAUAUUAAGUUAAAAUACAAAAUGUGUAUAACACAUUCUAGAAGUAACUCUCAAGUUUGUUUUCAUUAAUAUUAAGCCCUUUGAUUUUAUGGCAUUAUAUCUUUAAAGCAGGGAGGGGAGAGAAUUUUGGUCACAAACAAAAUCAAUAAAGCAUUGAGAACACACAAAAACAACAUGAAAUGUUAGAUGGCUUAUUGCAUGGCAUCAAAAUGCAUACAAUUCAUGCUCUAUAUUUACUGUGGACAUGAUAUGGGUGUAUUAAUUAAUGAAAAGCAACUAAAAAAAAAAACAAUCAGGAGAUCAAAUACACACAUCCACACACACACCCAGCCUUCACUUAAGCAAAUUCAUUUUGACUAGACUUCAAUAGUCAACUUCUCUUAUUCUUGCUUCAGUUGUAAACAGAAACAAAUAAUAAUCUUGGCUUUUUUUUUUUUCUGUUUGCUUUUAUUGAAAAAAAAGAAAACUUUUUUUAAAAUUUGUUUCUUUGUUGUUCGUUUUUUUUUUUUUUUUUUUUUUUUAUGUAAGAUUUUGUGAAAAUUAUAAAAAUGAAUAUGUUGUUAUGUGUGUGUGUGAUAUCUAAACAUCGUCACUUGUUUAGAAGUAGAUCUAAUGUUGACGGAAAAGUGGCUAGGACUUUUUGUGUAUGUAGUAUAGCUGUAUUUUUUUUAUUUUUUUAUUUUUUUUAAACUCCAGAAAAACACAAUUUGGCUGAUCUGAUCCUUGUUUUAUUUUUUUGACAUAAGCUAAAAUUGGACAAAAACCUGACAAUAUAUAAUUCCACAGACCCUUUUAUUUGGUUUAAUUUAUUAUGACUUUUUUUUUUUUUUUUUUUUUUGCUUAAGUAUAAUCCAAUGUUCACCAUCGAUGGAAAACACUUUGAAGUGUUCUUUAGAAAUAAUGUUGUCAAAUUUUUUUUUAUAUCUGGCAUUUGGUAUUUGGUGUUUUUUGUUGUUCCCUUCGUUGUCAAUUGGACUUAUGUCCAAUGUGUAACAAUUUUUUUGUCUACCUGUAGACAUUUAUUGGCUAAUAUAAAAAUAUGUCAAUUAUGUAUGUGUUAGACUCAAUCUUUACUUCUGUUUGUUGUCAUCUUUCAGUUUGUCAAGCCUUGAGGGCUGAAUAGGAGCUUUUGUGCUACUAUUAUGAAACCCUCUUUUCUUUAUUACAUAUAUAUACAUUUAUAAAUAUAUAUAUAUAUAUAUAUAUAUAUAUAUAUAUAUAUAUAUAUAUAGGUACUUUGUAUUUAAAUAAUAUAUAUAAUACAAUAGUUUAAUGAUGUCAGUAAAUAAACUGUUAAUUGAUAAAGAUGAAAGCUCUUAGAAGAAGUCAUUAUUUAAAGAUUUAGAAAGUUCUUAAAUAUUAUUAUUUUUGUUUUCAUUUAUCACACUUGAUAAAUUUGAUAUAAAGCUGAUAUCUUUAAAUUAAAAAAAUAAUAAUAAAAAGAUUUGUUUUAUAUAUAAUAAUAACAAAUAUCCUUAAUUUUUUUUCUAUCAAAGUAUUAUUAUAACUAUUCUGUAAAGUAGUUAGAUAUAAAGGAGUAUUGAAUGUUAGACAUGUAAGUGCCCAAGACUGUCAAAGCUAGUCAAGGGAAAUGUAUUUGGGAUUAUACUUAGGAUUCAAAAGCUGUAAGAGUAUUGAGCUUUGCAUUAGUGUAUGUAGAUUAUAUUUGUGUUCAAAUGGCACAUAUAUUAUAGAGCUGUAUUUAGUGAAAAGUGAAAUGACAAAACAUAAUAUACAUGAAUGUGGUUUAGGUGUACCUUUCAUUGGGAGUAUUUUCUUUUUAUUUCUUUAAAGGUAUUUACACUAAUGCUUAUUUAAUGUGUACAUUUUUAUUUACUAAGACCUUUCUCUUGACCUUAUUUAUAUACAGUGUUUGAAGGCUAUAGAUUUAAACCUAUGUUUAUUAAGUAGUUUUGGUAAGGAGCUUGUUGAGGUUUACUUCAAUUCUGAUGCUUUGACUUUUAACUUGCCUGCAUUUGAGUUUCUGUUACUAAUCAGUAGCUAGCCCUCAUUUUUUUGUUUUUGAAUCAUUGAUUGUUCUCUGCUGUGCUUGGGAUGCUCAUUUGUUUUUCUUUCUCUAAGAAAUGUAAAAUUAAACUGGGGAAAUAGGAACUUUCUGUCUCCAAGUGUUCAAACCUUGGCUCUUUAAGUAACCAUCCCAUGUUUUAACUUGGAACCACAAUCCUCCUUUGUUCAGGGGUGAUCAGAUCGGAGUUUUAAAGCUCUUCCUAUUGUUGAUGGUACUGACUGUAAUAAAAGUGUUCCCACUUGUUUGCUGUGUAGAAGAAUUAGAACAAUUAAAAUUUGUUUGGUUCAGCAUGCUUCUUUAGGCAUUUCUUUUUUGUGAUUUGCAAAUUAAGACUAUAUCUGCAUGACCAAUUGUUUUGUCUUAGAACCUUUAGUAAUAUUUUGUAGUGUAAUUUAAAUCUCACUUACACUCUGUCUACAGUCAAUGCUCUGUUCAGUGUCAGUCCAUUGUUCAGUAGAUAGAUGUUUAUUUGGUUACCUUUCACAAACUAGAUUGAGGAGGAAAUACAUGAGUUUAAGAGGAAUACUCUCUCUAUACUGUGGAUGUGACAACACAAGUCUCUUGACACCUAACCUAAGACUAGUGACAUUCUUUUGUUUGAUUCAAUUGUAUGUAUUUCCUAAUGGUGCCAAAAGUGUCAUUCUAGAUCCUUAAUCUUUCUCCCUGACCAUUUUCACUUUUGUGUUUGUCACAAAUUUUAUUUUAAAUUUGAUUGUGAGAUAUAAACUUUUUGUAAUUAAUACAUGAAAGGUUUCCACCAUUCUGCAUUUUUUUUUAUAUUAUCACUGUUUGAAAGUUAAAACAAUUAGUGUCCUUUUUUGUGUGUUGUUUUAAUCAUAUGGUAUAAAGAUAAAUAGAAUUGACUAACAAUUUUUUAAAAUCGUUCUCUCCUAAUUAAGGAUAUCAUCAUUGAUUUCACCUUAUUAAAUUAAAUUAAUUUUUGGUUUUAUAAUUUGUGUUACCCGGUAUAUAAAAUGAGCAUGCAUUCUCCUAUAAUUCUAUACCGAAAGUAAUGUUUUCUGACAAACAAAAAUGUCAUUCAAGUUUAAUCAUAACAAGGUAGAAUGUACAAAUGAGAAAAAUUAACAAUUCUGUCAGAAUGUGGACAAAUAAUUAUGGAGAUAAAGAGUUAAAAAUCAUUUAUUAGUACUUUGAUAAAGUAAAAUAAAAAAGUAUCCCUUGCAAUCUAUAGGGCAGAUGAUGCAUUGUACUUUGGCCCACGGUUAAUGAGAGUAUCAUGUGGCCAGCACAAUUACCAACCAUCUUUACUUUUUCCCAGCUACUGUUAGAAUUGGAUGGACUCAGAGGCAGCCUAAAAAUUUAAAAAAAUUCAAAAUCCUAGUCUUCAACAGGAUUUGAACCCUCGGUUUGGAAGCCAAGUGUUUUAUCACUCAGCCACCAUGCCCCUACUUUUGAUUCCUGAAUCAUUUUUAGACACUAAACUAUUCCAAUGUAUAUUUUUAGUAAAAUGUUAUUCACCUUUUAUUUUGGUAUUACACUAAGAAACAUUCAAAAUGGGUUAUUUUUGUCUUUGCUUUCACAACAUUAUGUAUUCCUAGUUCACUUUUGUUGGCUCUGGAUGUGCCGCUGUGUUCUACUUGUCAUUCUAAUUUCUGUUUGGGAUCACUCAGACAUUUUUCUUGUCUAGCUUUUAGAAGUUUUUUUUUUAUUAGCCAACAGUCUAUUUAGUUUUGUGUUUGUAGCAUUACAAUUGUCAAUACCUUGAGUUCCAUCACUAGCUCUGGUGUCACUUGUGGGGGUCACACAAAAACAAUUCAAUCUGAUUUAUCUCAGCCCCAUUCUAAGUUGUGUUGAUACUGAAAUAAACAUAUUGUUGAAACAUA